AUGCUAAAAAACAUAUUUAGACUGAAUUCUCUUAAAAGAAGAAUUUCUAGUACAAAAUGUUCAUUUAAUAUAAAUAAAUUAAUCAUUUAUAAUGAUGAUGAUUAUUUAGUGAUUAACAAAAAUGAUGGUAUAUCUACCUUUGGAAAAGCGAAAAAUAAAGAAAGUAUAAUAAAAAAUUUACAUUUAUUAAAUGUAGAAAAUAUAGAAAAUGCUAAUAUAGUAUAUAAAUUACACAACGCAAUAUCAGGCUGUAUUUUAAUAUGUAAAAAUAAAUUUCUUAAAACUCAUUAUUAUGAAAAUAUAUUUAUAACUUUGGUAUAUGGAAAAGUAGAAAAAAAAAAUAAUGGAGAAAUAAAAUUAUACUUAAAGUACUUACCUAAUUCCAAUAUUAUGAUCCCAUCAAAUAAUUAUGAAUAUAUUAAUGACCUAAAGGUGUUAAAAUAUGAUAUUAUUAGUAAUAACAUUUCGUAUAAUAAACACAAUUUCACUCUUUUAAAAAUAUUUAUAAAUGCCAAUAAUUGUAAAUAUAUAAAACCAUUAUUAUUUUACUCCUUAUAUACAUGCGUAGUGGGAGAUAAUGAAUAUAUCAAUGUACAUAAAAAAUUAAAAAAAGAAUUUUUUUUUUUUCAAGAUAUAAAAAAUAUAAAAAAUAGUAAAAAAUUUUUACUAAACAAAUUAAACGACCAAAAUAGGAAUUCAGAAAACCAAGAAUUAAAAUUACAUCUUUACUGUUUUAAUGUUACUUUUCAAUCUAAUUGUAAUAAAAUUAUAUCUGUUAAUUGCUCAUUACCUUUGCAUAUUAAAGAAACAUUAAGUUUGCUAGGUGCUUCUAAUUUAAUUAAAAAAUUAGAUAAAGAAAAAAAAAGUCAAAAAGAUAUUUUUACAAAUAAAUUAGAUGACGAAAAAAUAAACAAUAAAAUAUUUAAAGACGAAGUAUUUUUACAAAAUAGUAAUGAAUUUGAUAAAGAAAAUACAAACUUUUAUGAUUCAUUAGAAGACGAUGAUGAUUUACAAAAGGAAAAUGAUGAGUUAUUAAACGAAAUAUAUAAAGAAAAGGAUCAGAAAAAAAAAGAAAAACAAAAAAUAAAAAGAGGGGUAUUAGCUAAAGAUGUUAAUAAGCUAACAAAUUCUGAUGCACCUAUUUUCUUCACUGAUGUUGAAUGA